AUGUGGUGGUGUCCGUUUUUGGUCACCUUCAUUUUUAGUAUAGUAAGUGAUUGGAAAUUUUGGGGAUUUUUGAAGUGAGAAUUGUCGAACUUUCUAAUUUUUCGGAUACAUUCUGUAUCUUGCUUCACUUCGAAAAAUUAUAAAUUUCAUGCUGAUAUUAAAAACAGUUAAUAGAGUAACCUCAAAGACCUCGAACUUCAUGAACAACUUUUCUGGAAUUCUUUGAAGAACAACCUUCUACUAUUUUUUGAGUUUCAGAAUUUUUGAGAAGCUACAGAAAGUAAAAAAUAAUUUUUUCGCCUACCACAACCCAUUCUUAAUUCCCAGGCAAAUUCACAAAACACCUACGAAGCAAUACCAAUCGGUCAACCCUAUCUCCGUCCUCUUUUAUCUCCUCGUGCCGAACCCGAUGUUCCUCCUCCACCUCCACCACCUCAUAUCCGACCACAACAACAUCAACCAAGAGGUUAUCAACCGCCACCCCGUUUGGCAAACUUCAAUCCACCCAGAAGUUUUGUCCGACCACCGCCACAGCCACAAUAUUUCCAGCCACCAAGGUUUGUGAAUUAUAGUUAUGACGUGGAAAAAUAACAAGAAUUCACGUUUCUGACAAUUACAAAUCAUUUCAGUUUCCGCGCCCCAUCUCUCAAUCUAAAUCAACGCCCACGAAACUUCCAAAAUCCAUCAAACUGGCAAAUGCAACAACUUCAACAACAACAUCCACAAAGAUUCGCAAACCCAGUCGGUGCACCAGGACAAAUCCCAAGAUUCCAGGUAAGUUGGCACCGAAAAUUGUUCUGUUACUUUGUUGAGAAUGUUUUUUCAAUAUGUUCCAAGUUUCGUUAAGUUUUCUUGUUAUGUUUUGCAUGAUGUACACAUCACACAUGAUAUAAAUUUCUAGACAUGUUCCUCUCAAAUUCGAAAAUUGUUUUAUUUUCACUUUCCUUGUUCUGUUGUUUAUUUGUUGGGAAUGUCUUUUCAUUAUGUUCCGAGUUUCGUUAAGUCCUCUUGUUUUGUUUGCAUGUUGUACACAAAUACACAUGAUUCAAAUUUCCAGUCAUCUUCCUCUCAAAUUCGAAUUCCUACGUCAUCUUUAAGACGCCCACAGGUUGAAGUCAAUCCAGCAACUCUUGAAAAUGUAGUAGAUUCAGUUAAUCAAAAAAUCUAAUAUUGAUUUUUGCAGGGAGGACGAGUUGAUCCGGUCAACAAUAUUAUAAUCCAUCUAUAUUUGAAUGCAAAGGAUAAAAUGUCUCACACAGCGAUAAAAACACCAGUAAAAGGGUUGUUUGGAAUUGGAACAUCUCAUGGUGGACCAGGAUCGCAUACAGAUCCAAUCGUUAUUACAAAAGAUUUCGAUAGAGAUACUCUAGAAUUUGUUGAAGCAGAAAGAGCUGAUGUAAGUGAAACAUUUUUUCCAAGAAAAUGAUAAAUCAUUAUUUUUUCUAGAAAAUGGUGAAACGUGACAAUAUAAUCGAAGUCAAAGCUACAGUAAGCACACCAAAUCGUCAAUUGGAGAACUCAGUAAAUCGCGCGGUUAAUCAAGAAUUGAAUCGAGCAAUUCCAAAAGUUAUGGAUAGAAUGAAAGGAUCAAGUACAACUGAAAUGGACAAUGAUAUGAGAAAAGAAUUGGAAGAUGCGCUUGUCGAUGAACUUGCGAGAAAUCUAGGUGAAUCUAUUGACAAUGCUGAUGUCACAGAGGAAGAUUUGUCGAAACUUAUUGAAGAAGGUUUCAAUGAGAUAACUAAUGGCGAAUCUACAACAAGGUCUAGACCGCCUGCAACAACAACAACUAGAAGAGUUUUCACAACAACAAGUCAGCCGACCACAACUACUCAAUCGACCACAACUUUCCGACCAACGACAACAACAAGACAAUCAACGAUCUCAACUUCUACGACAACCACAACUACAUCUCGACCAACUACAACAACAAGAGAAGAAACAACAACCGAAUCCACAUCAAAUCAUGUAACCGCAGCCAAUAUUGAUGAUGAUUAUUCUUCCGAAGACAUCUCACAAACCACCACUCGUAUAAUUCUGACAACUUCAACAUCUCCAACUCCAACCCCAACAACUAGAUAUUACACACAAAAUCAUAUCACAAGUACAACUUAUGAACAUGUAAGAAUUGUUCCGGGAAUUCGAGUGACGGAAGCAGUUCCAUCUACAAUUUCUACGACUACAGAAAGACCAACAACUACACGAUAUAUUCCACCGACACCAACCACUAGAUAUGAACCACCGACCACAACAACAACAACAACUCAAAGAGCAACUACGACUACAGAAACUGAACCUGAACCAACUGUGAUUAUAAAAUGGUCUGAAGAAAAAACCACAGCUACAGUUCCAAUUCCAACAAGAUCUACACCAAUUCAAGUUCAACCAUCAGUUAUUCCACAUCACGGAGUUGUGAAUCUUGGCUCGAGUGAGGAAGAGAUUGAUUAUACCGCAAUCACACCACCAAAUUUUGAAUUCUCAACACGUAAGAAAUGAAUUCAGGCUAGAAAAAACGUAAUAUUUCACUUUUACAGCAAAAUCGACAGCAAUCAGCAAUCUACCAACAAAAUCCGCUCCAAGUCUACAUCCAUCAACAUUUAGCCCACCUUUGGUAACUGAAGAAUCCAGCACAACACCAGAUAAAUGGGCGACAGCAUGGCCUAAAGAUUAUUGGGUCACGCGUCAGCACAACACUGCCAGCUCAAAUGAUAUCACAGAAACCACACCAAGUAGCACGCCAGCAGUCAUUACUUCAACCUAUACCACAACAUUUGUUCCGAUUACCAGCACUUCAGUCACAGUUCCAGUCAUCAUCUCCGAAUCAACCGAAGAACCAUUCAGCACCGGAGCAUUUUCCGAAUCAACAGAACUACCAUUUACCUGGCAAACUUCAGUGAGCGAAGAAACCACUACGCCAACACUGACACCAGUGCAAAUAACAAAACCGCACCAAAGUAUUUUAGAUAUGAUGAGAACACCGUUUGAUUUUAACAAUAUAGCAUUCACCGAUAUAACACAUCCAACUUUUCGACCAGUUAUUAGUUUGGAAGAUGAUGAAACUCAAACUACUACUAACUCUCCAAAUAUUUCCACCGAGGUUUUGAAGACGGAAAGGGCUACGAUUACACAAAAAAAUCAACUUUGCACCAGCUUCUCUUAACUCAAUCGUUUGAGAAAUUCUAGUAACAUUAAUUUUUGCAGAAACCCUCGUCUUCUUCCGAAGAAAUUCAACCAAACGUUAUUCUUCAAAAUGGUCAAUGUCCAACUCCAAAUCAAAUUUCUGAUCAAAACCGGACUGAUGUUCUAUUCUUACUCGAUUCUUCUGAUUCUUUCAAUGAGGAAAAAUUCCAUCGAGCAAUCGAACUUAUCAGUGAUACAGUUAAACAAUUCAACAACUUUGGAUCUGAUGGUGUGCAAGUUUCGUUAGUGCAAUACAACGAUGAACCAUAUCUCGAAUUCUCGCUGCGUAAACAUAAUUGUAAGAAAAAUUUGUUAGAUGAUAUUUCCGAUACCGAAUAUAUGACUGUAAGCUCUCAUUUUUUCCCAAAUUUUAACAAACACAACACAAUUUAAGGGUGGAAGUCAACUCGGAAAAGCUCUUUCCAAAGUAUCACAAUUCGCUUUCACGAAAAAACGAGGAGAUCGUGAAGACGCGGAAAAUGUGUUGAUUAUUGUAACUGAUGGGCAGAGCGAUGAUCGAGUUCAACAACCAAUUCGAUUGGCAAAAGAUAACAAUGUCACAGUUUUAGUUAUCUCAACAAUUGGAGCAAAUAAAGAAUAUUUGAAUGAAUUAGCUAAUAAUCGAAAUGCCAAUAUUUUCGAGUUAGAUGAUGAUCCAAACCAACAACUUUCUUAUAAAUUAGCUCGUCGUAUUGCUUUAGCCACAAAAAGAGCAACAACAGUUCCAACUCCAAUCGGAACUGUCAAUGAUGUUGUUCAUGAAUCUACGAACAUCCCAACAAUUGCCCCGAAGAAAUUGCCGGAUCAAGUGGUGAAUUUGGAAUGUGUAUCAGAUGGAUUCCAAAUCAAAAUUAAACCACCUCCAGGUUUCCACGGAGUUGCAACUGUUAAAGGAUAUCAAGAUGAUGUGAAAUGUAAAACAACAGCAACAGGAGAGGCGAAUAUGUUUAUUUCAAAUGAAGAAUGUGGAGUGACACAAGUCAAAUCGGUAAAUUUCCUGAUUAUUCUUAUUUUCAUUUUUUCAAAAAUUAAUUGUUGUUUAGAUGUCACCAAGCGGUUUGAAUUCCUCAUUAGUUCUUCAUUUAUUACACGACGAUCGACUUAAUACAGCUUACGAUCGAGCUUAUCUUCUUCAAUGUUUUGUCGGAACUGCUGAAGAUACCGAAGUAUCCACUAAUCUCAAUGUUAUUCGUUCAGAACUCACAAUUGCUGAAACAAUUUCUCUUUCCACAUUACCACCAACUUGUGCAUAUUCAAUUAGAAAAGAUACACCAAACGGACCAAUUGUUACAAAGGCAAAAGUUGGAGAUACAGUAUAUCAUCGAUGGGAUUGUGACGGAUCUAAUGGUAAGUAAUUAGUUAAAAUAUAGCUAAUAGAUUAGGGCUCAAACCACAAUGGCAUAACUUCUUAAUAUUCAGAAACUUCAAAUGCUUACGGUAUACAAGUUCACAGCUGUUAUGCCAGUGAUGACGUGGAAAGAAAAUUCGCAUUCGUCGAUCCACGUGGUUGCUCAUCAGAUUUAGCGCUUUUAUCGGAUCUAACUUAUGAUGAUGGAGCAUUGUCAGCAUAUGCAGCAAGUCAUGUUUUCAGUGUUCACGUAAGUUCAUAUAGAUUUAGAAAUAUCUUAUGAUUUUGUUUUUUGAAGAAUGCUGAUUCAUUGAAAUUUGUUUGUAAAUUGAGUUUAUGCACUCGAGAUGGUGAUGGAUGUGAAGGAGUUACCGUAAGUCAUUUUUCAGUCUAUUCUUUUUUUUCAAAAAUAAUAUUGAAUAUUUUCAGCCACCAGCAUGUGGCAAUUCUCCAAACCGUUCUGAUAUUCUUUUAACUCGCCGGCUUGUUCGCAAUCAAAUGACAGCAAUUGACGAUGCUCUCACUUCAGCUCUCACAACAAAAGUCGGAGUAUCUGUGAAUUCAGCGGAAGGAGUUAAGAGUAUUCUGUCAGCUUUGGUAUCCAAUCAAAUAUUUUGGAUUGUUGCCGUUUUAUCGAUUCUAGCAGUUAUCGGAAUCUCGAUUUUCUCAAGAAGAAAUAUGGAUUCAACUGAUAGUGCAACAACUUGCUCAGAUCCUUCUUCAAUGUCAGAUUCGCAGGUAAAAGAGAACGAGAGAAAGAAUAUAGUAUAUUUAGUUUAAACCCCGGACAGUUAAUUCAGAAAAACUGAACCUAGAUUCCAUUUUUCACAUUUCUGAUAUCAAAAAUCACUUAAUUGAGUUACAGAAACUUCAACCAGAGCAGAAGGUAAACAUUUAAGUUUUAACAUAAACAUUUAUGUUUCAUUUUCAUUCCCGGGGUUUCUGUUGUGCUAAAAUCCAACACUCUCUGAAUCUCCAUCAAAAAUCCCAAAUUUACAGGAUCUUCGAAGUUGUCAUUCAGCCGAAACCGCUCCAAACAAUCGACUAGCUGAAUUUAUGCGAACUUUUGAUAGGAAUCGUUAUGUCUAA